UGUGUGUCUGACGUCAGAGCAGUCACAAGACCGCGGCGGCAGCAGCAGAACGGAGCGAGGACAGGACGUCGGGUCCGCACUCUGUUAUGUAGCGUCUCGAGAGGCACAGCUGACACCAUGGCGGCGCAGAAUCAGCAGUUGCGGGCCUUUCGGGGCAGAACAGGCGUCUGUUUUCUGUGAAGGAAAGUUUCGGCCAACAACGAAUCUCCAGUCCGGCGUGCGCGCACCGUUAGUCGGCUCGCAGCUCGCGCAUCCCUCAGCCUCGUUAGCGAGUCACCGAUUGUGCCGCUAAGCUAGCAGCGGCUGCUAGCCUUGGCCGGGGGGGGGGGGUUCUUCCUCCUUCGGCGCGGGGGCUGGUGUGUGGGUGAUGUUGUCCGUGCUGUCGUACGGCCGACUGGUUGCCAGAGCUGUCAUCGGCGGACUCUCUCAGACCGACAGUCGCGACUACAGCCUGGUGACGGCGAGCUGCGGCUUCGGCAAAGAUUUCUGCAAAGGCAUCCUGAAGAAAGGGACGUGCUACGGGGACGACGCGUGCUUCAUCGCCCGGCACAGGUCCGCCGACGUUUUGGGUGUAGCGGAUGGAGUAGGCGGCUGGAGGGACUACGGCGUAGACCCGUCUCAGUUUUCGGGGACCCUGAUGAAGACGUGCGAGCGGCUGGUGAAGGAAGGACGUUUCGUAUCCAGCAACCCGGUGGGAGUCCUGACGACCAGCUACUACGAGCUGCUGCAGAACAAAGUGCCUCUUCUGGGCAGCAGCACGGCCUGCAUCGUGGUGCUGGACCGGCAGAGCCACCGGCUGCACACGGCCAACCUGGGAGACUCUGGCUUCCUGGUGGUCCGCGGGGGCGAGGUGGUGCACCGCUCGGACGAGCAGCAGCACUACUUCAACACGCCCUUCCAGCUGUCCAUCGCGCCGCCGGGGGCCGAAGGGGCCGUCCUCAGCGACAGCCCCGACGCAGCCGACAGCUCUUCCUUCGACGUGCAGCUCGGCGACAUCAUCCUCACGGCCACCGACGGGCUCUUUGACAACAUGCCAGAUUACAUGAUCCUGCAGGAGCUGAAGAAACUCAAGAACUCAAACUACGACAGCAUUCAGAAGGCGGCGCACAGCAUCGCGGAGCAGGCCCACGUGCUGGCUUACGACCCCAACUACAUGUCGCCUUUUGCUCAGUUCGCCUGCGACAACGGGCUGAAUGUCAGAGGAGGAAAGCCAGAUGACAUCACAGUGCUGCUGUCUAUAGUGGCAGAAUACACUGAUUAGAGGUUGGGUUGCGGGGGGGGGGGGGGAGGAAGAGGAAGGAAGGAGCGUCUUCUGCAGGUUGGACAGCUUUUUCCUGCUGGUCAGGAUGAAGGACUGAUGACCGAUACUCUCCCCAUCCUACUGCUGACCAUCACCCACUCCCCCCCCCCCCCCCCCCCCCCGUGACCCUUCGUACAUGCCCACUUCUCUGUGAUUGUGUCUGGCUGACUGAAGGGGGACUGGAGGCCUGGCUCGCCCCCUGGCCAGGCUGUCGUGUUGGCAUCCUCCCAGUGUGUGCUCAGUGGGUAAUCCCAUUGACGGGGAUGAGCAGUCAUUGGGCGCCGUGGAGAUGAGGAUCCUGGCUCACAUGGACAUGUCAUAGUUCUCUGGUGGGUGGCUGUGGAGACGGGAGGUGUUCAGACUGUUGAAGCAGGCCCAUGCUGGGCAGCUGGCAGGUGAAGAUUGAGUCCAUCCAUUGUGUCAGGAGGGGACGUGCACAGGAGAUGGCUGCAUUAGGGAUGUUCCUGAUGAUACAGUGGGAUUUGGAACAACCUUCGUCAGAAGGCUUGCAACAGGGAGCAUUGUGUUUCGUAAUAGGAAAGGACCGGUUUGCUGUUAUUGCCAAAAAAAGUGUAUAAAUGUAUUAGUUUCUUGGCAGGGUGAUCUAAUAAGAUUUCAAAACGAGCAGCACCUUCCUUUUCCAAACCAUUUUGCUGGUUUUAAUGUCCUCGUCAAAUAGACAUUGAGACUGAUGCCCUCCCUUAAAUCACAGGUGCGGCUGAAGUGAUGCGAGUACAUGUGAUGCGCUCGUGUGUUCCCACUGCCUUAAAAGCACAAAGCUUAAUAUAUCAUUUUCAUAUCAUCAGAAAAACAUCAGCCCUGUGACAGUUUGUCGUGGGACUAAAUAUAUAUUUUGGUGACUUCUUUUGCUCAGUAAGAUUGUUGAAUUCUUCGUACUGUUCAACAUUCAGCUUCCUUUCCUUCUCCUGCAGAGCUCAGAUGUUCCGUUGUGUUUCCAUUACAUUAUUCCAGAUCUGCACUACCACAACCUGUUUGUAACGUUCUAACAAAGUGCCUUGAAUCAGGUGUUGUUGAUGCUGGCAAACGUCGAGAAUUCUUUAAACCCCAGGCAGCGUGCCAGGCAUCCUCAAAACAUUAUGUAGUUUAGAUUUUUAUUUUGCUCCUGCAUUAAGGAAUAGUGUAAAGCCAUCUCCACGCUUAGAAGUUCCUCCUGACAGCCACGUCGGGCGCCAUUUUGAAAUGGGAUAGUAAGUGAUCAAAUUGUGAGUUAAGUUUCAUCGCACUGAGGACAAUCCAAGUAGCCUUAACAAUAUCACGAAUCUCCCAAUGAGAUGGUGCUCCCUGACACUUUUCCCCCGUCACUUGUUGUCUUCCUCUCCCAAACCCUUUGUUACAACCAGAGGACGUGUCUGUAUAUAUUUUGGGUAUAGAAUUCAAUGAAAAUCUAAAAUCUGUACAAUAUUUAAAUAAAGAGUAUAGUAUUUAUUA